AUGCAAUCACCUCGCGAUCUCCUCGUCCUUUACGGUUCAGAGACUGGCUGUGCCGAAGAUGUCGCCGAACGCAUUGGAAGACAAGCGAGACGUCGACGAUUCCGAGUUCGUGUAGUUGCCAUGGACGAUUACGACAAGAAUCUACUCAUUGAGGAGAAGUUGGUGGUGUUUGUGUGCUCUACCACAGGGCAAGGCGAGGAACCCUACAACAUGAAGAAAUUCUGGCGAUUCCUGCUACGCAAAAACUUGCCUCAUGAUAUCCUUUCCAAUCUCGAUUGUGCUGUGUUUGGUUUGGGUGAUUCAUCCUAUGCAAAAUUCAAUUAUCCUGCCAAGAAGCUUUAUAAGCGAUUACAACAAUUGGGUGCCAACGUGAUGAUUCAACGUGGAGAUGGUGAUGAUCAGCAUUAUCUUGGGUUGGAUGGUGCAUUGGAUCCAUGGUUACAAUCCUUGUGGGAAGCGAUUAUGGCAAAGUAUCCUUUGAAAGAUCAAGAGAUUAUUCCCGAAGAAGUCUUGCUUGAUCCCACUUUUCGCUUGGAGCUACUACCUGAAGAUGCUAGCAACGAACCAGAGAUCAAGACACUGCAAGCACCGCCACCUUUGCGGGAGGAUGAAUUCAAUGUUGUUGUCAAGAGCAAUGAGCGUAUCACGGCGACCGAUCACUUUCAAGAUGUGCGGCACCUGGCACUCGAAUGCGACUCUGAGAAUAUGAGAUACGCCCCAGGCGAUAUCGCUGUCAUCACACCCAAGAAUCUGCCGGAAGAAGUAGAUGCAUUUUUGACCAUGAUGCAGUGGAACAACCUUGCCGAUAGAUUGGUUCGCAUUACACCAGCAUCCAAAGAUUGCAAGCUUCCAGCACAUUGGGCAUCCGUCAUGACUUUUCGGGAUUUGUUCGUCAACCAUCUUGAUAUCUUUGGUGUGCCUCGACGUUCCUUUUUUGAAAUGCUGGCUCAUUUCACAAAGGAUGAGAACCAAACGGAGCGUUUGAGAGAGUUUGCUUCUCCACAAGGACAAGAUGACAUGUUCAACUAUUGUCAACGUCCCAGACGCACCAUUGCCGAGAUCAUGUUUGAUUUUACACCUACAGACAUCCCAUUGGACUAUAUCUUGGAUGUGUUCCCCAUCUUACGACCAAGGUCAUUUUCCAUUGCAUCCAGUCUUAAGGCACAUCCUGGUCAAAUAGAGUUAUGCAUUGCCAUUGUAAAAUACAAGACCAAAAUUAGAAGGAUUCGUCGUGGUGUAUGCACUAAAUGGAUCUCCACCCUCAAGCCAGGUGAUUUGAUCGAACGUGUCCGUAUCAGUAAAGGCACCAUGCGUUUACCCCCAUCGCCUGAAAUUCCUCUUAUUGCUAUUGGCCCAGGUACCGGUGUAGCACCUAUGCGUGCUUUCUUGGAACAACGGAUCUUAGAGGGUGCCAAAGAGAAUGUGCUGAUAUUCGGUUGUCGUCAUCGUGAUAAGGAUUACCAUUAUCGUCAACAAUGGGAGCAAUAUGAAAAGGAUGGUCAUCUCAAAGUGUUGCCGGCGUUUUCAAGAGAUCAGGAUCAAAAAUUCUACGUACAAGAUUGUGUUCGACAACAAGGAGCAAUGAUUUGGGAAUUGAUUGAUCAUAAACAAACAAAAGUCGUUUUGUCAGGAUCAUCCGGGAAGAUGCCAGAGCAGGUAGCGUUUGCCAUGAAGCAGAUUUUCAUGAAGUAUGGCAGCCUGGAUGCCGAACAAGCCGAGCAUUAUUGGAAUACAAUGAGCAAGACAGGUCAAUACCAAGAAGAAUGUUGGUCAUAG